UAAACAUUAGACCAAUUUAAUUGCGUGCGCCAAUAGUACAUAGGUUCGAUACUGCCAACGUCGUGAACUGUUUAAGAAAUAAUUGCAUGGCAUUCUGAUGUCGACCAAGUCGGCAUGUUUUAUUAAGGCCUGUAGUUUAAGCAGUAAUUUUGAUUUUGUCGGCCGGUUUUAUUAAGGUGAAUGGUUGGCUGUGCGGAACAUUCUGAAAGGGCUGCCAUAAAUGUCACUGAAUACAAGGUGAACUUUUCAUCUGAAUGGUCUACAACUUAAAACAUCAGAUGAGUAACUCUUCAGAUGAUUUUGUUUUACCGUCAUCUCAAGAAUUAAAGAUUGCUGCAGAAGCUGAAAAUUCAAAAUGUGAAAAUAUGCGUAUUGGAGACUCAAAUAGUGGAGAAAGUGAGAAGGAAAAUGAUAAUGGCAGAGAGAGUUUUAAAUCCUCACCUAAAGUCCACCGUUCUUCAAUGGUAGUGCUUAACACGGAAGAAGAAAUGAAGUACAGGCAUAAAUACUUUAAAGAUGAGAGUGAGGUUGUCACACACCGCAUGCUGCGUUGCACCGCCUGUUGCACUAACCUGCAAGCAGUUGUUUUAGAAGGUCGGGACAUAUAUCAUCAUCCUGUCCUGAGGGUGCUAAUGUGUAGGACAUGUGUUGGUUUCUAUGGAGAUGGAAAUUUCUCAGUGGAUGAAGAUGGUUCAGAUAAAUACUGCCGAUGGUGUGGACAAGGCGGUACUCUGUAUUGUUGUUCAACGUGUUCCAGUGCUUUCUGUAAGAGCUGCAUCAAACGGAAUUUAAAUCGUUCUAUCCUCAGUGACAUCGAGUCGGAAGAUUGGCAGUGCUUUGUGUGCAAUGGAAAACCCCUUUGGGAGCUGCGUGCUGUCUGUGUAAAUGCUAGGGCAUAUUCUGAGAAGAUUCGGAGAAAUAAACAAAGAGAAAAUCACCAUAAACUUAAACAGAUGCAAAAGAAACAAAAGCGGUUAAAAUGUAAGUCACAGCAAUCAAAUCAUUGGCAGAAGAGCUCCAGCCCUGACACCAGUUCUGAUGAUGACUCGUAUUCAAACAAAAAGCGGGAGUCUUCCAAGAAUAGACAUAAGCAAAAUAAUGGUAGUCAGCUGGACUCACGAAAGAAACAUGAUGAGAAGGAUAAAAUGAAAGAUAGUGAUUCUGAGUGUGUCAUUAUGGACAAAGAAAUAACUAAAAGGAAAAUUGAAUGUGUUCAAUUAUCUGAUUCAGAGAGGAGUGAGAAGGAAGAAGAAAAUGGAUCUGUUGCACUUUCAGAUUCAGGUGAGAACUCAGAUAAUGAAGAAGAGAUCUCGGAUAAUUCCAAGAAAAAAGAAAGACAUCAAGAAAAGUCUAAGCGUAGACUUAAACUGAAUGUUAAAAAAGGAAAGCGCAACUCUAGGGUUGCUAUGGGGACAGAAGAAAAAAGUAAGGCAAAACCAGAACAGGAAGCAGGACACUCUAAUGGUGGAACUACAGAGGGCAUUACAGACAAGAAACUUCCUAAAGAGUUAGAUGAAAAGACUGCUAAGUUGGCUUGUGAUUGGCUUGAAGAACAUGGUAAAGAACUUGCUAUUGUGGGUGAAACUCUAGCGCUUCGAGCACGAAGAUAUCUAGAGAAGAAAGUUUGUUUAAAGGCCAUGACUGACCCAGAAAAUGUAGAUAAAGUAGUCAGCAGUUUGCAGUUGCUGAUGAAACUUGCUGGAGAGAAUCUGGAACAGAUAGGGGGUUUCCUGUCUUUACACCACAAGUAUUGGAUUAAGCGGGUGAUAAGGCAUAGAUCCAGUAAAACUUGUGCAGAUGUAAGCAAUAGUAAUCAACGAGAUUAUGAAGGCAAGACCAAGAAAUGUAUAACAGAGCAGAGCAAAGAUGGUGGAAGCGUGUCAGUGAUUGGGUUAGGUGGUGAAGACGUUGGACUUAAGUCACAUACUGAAAAUCAGUAUGAUAAUAUUGGGAUUGAAAGCAAGGAAACUGACACACAGGAAAGAGAGAUUUUAAGUGCAGAUUCUAUUAUGAGUACAGGAGUGAGAAGUGAGGACACUAAAAAAAGAAAAUUAGUGAAAGAAGGGAGUGAGAGUGAUGAUAGGGAAGUGAAUACUGUUGAAGAUGAGGGAAAUUUACAAAAAUCAGUGAUAGAUAAGAAAAGAAGGAAGCUGGAAGAUGUGUUGGAAAUGGAAGCAGAUCCCAAACUUGAUAUUACAGUGAAUGACACUGAAAGUUCUGAAAACUGCAAGGGAGACAAUGAAUUUUCCAUGAAGAGAUCAAAUGAACAAACUGAUGUGGGACUGGAAGGUGUGUCAGAGGAGAAAACAGUGAAAGUUGUCUGUCCAGAUGUAACUGAGGAUGCUGGAAAUAUGGAAGUUGAUGAAGUCAGUGAAAGGAAGAUGGGCAUGGAGGUUGAUUCAUCAGAGAAUGAAGAGGCCACUGUUGCUGAACACAGUGUGAAAGACAUGAAUUUACUGCAUGGAGCUGCUGAUAAGGUGGUGCUAUCGGAAACAAGCAAUUCUGGUAAUAGUAGUACUUUGUAUGAGGAAGACAAGUUUGGAAAAAGUUUUGAAAGCGUAUCUACAUUAAGUUUUGUUGACCAUAAAGAUACCUUAUCAGAAUGUGUAGUUGCAGAAAUUCAUAAUGCUCAAGAUAAAUCUGUUGAUUCUAUGGAAGAGGUAAUGCAAGAAAAUCAGUCCAAAAAUUCUGAUGAGCCGAAUUAUGAAAACUCAGAUGCCGAAAGUGAAGGAAACAGUGCUGAUGUGGCUGCAAUAAGUGAAGGCAAUAAAAAUAAAGAGAAUGAGAAGGUAAGUAACAAUGAAAGUGAAAGUAGUGCUACGACAAUAGAAUACCUGUCUGGCAAUGCAUGUGAGAAAAGUAUAAGUGGUGAGGUUUCUGACAAUGGGAAGAAUGAGAGAGUAAACUCUUUUGAAUCUUUAGAUGAUGAUUUGAUGCCCAGUGUAAAGAGACAGAAGGUUGACAGAGAAGUUGACACUAAUGAACACAAUCUUGUAACUCUAGAAAUAUCUGAUAAUGUGGAAAAUGAUCCUAUAGCUACAGCUCACGCUGAUGUUUCUGCAGAAGAUAUAAAGGAACUGGAGAUACAGAAGUGUAUAACAGAGAAGAAUGAGUAUAGUAUUGAGACAAAUAAAAUGGAUACACAUGAAGACCUGGAAAAGGAUAGUGAAAAGGAAUGUGGUGAGAAAGAGAAAUUGGAAAGUGAUGAUGAAGGAGAAAGUAGUGAUAAAGUUAAAUUAGAAAUGAGUGAUGUUAUGUCAGAAUGUGAAGGACAACAAAAGGGUGAUGAGAAAGAUAAAGUAAAACUAAAUGAAGAAAAUAAAAGUAGUGAUGUAGGUGAAUUAGAAAUGUGUGAUGAUAUAUCAAAAUGUGAAAGUGAAAGAAAAGAUGGUGAGAAAGUUAAAGUAGAAAUCAAUGAAGGUGAAACAAUAGGGGAGAAUAUAAUAAAGGAAGGAACUGUAGUUAACUUUAGGUACACAGAAGAGUGUAUAAGGGCCCAGCAAACUCUUCUUGAAUACACAACCGAUGAUGAUAGUAGUUGCACAGAUACAACUGUUAAAAAAAAGAAAAGAAAGGAACACUCAAGGAAAGCAAAGCAAGAAGGAAUUGCUACCUGCAAAGAUAUAACCUCUGUGAAGAAGCGGGUCAUUGGUCCAAAAUCUCGAACACAGAAAUACAGGGAAAGUACUUCCUCUUUAUCAUCUGAAACAGAUGAAUCAGAAUCUUCCAUGGGAAGACAACAUAGAAAUGUGGACAAGGGUAGGAAGAAGAAGUUCAGACUGAAGGACACAGAGGCAUAUAAACAGGAUGAAAAGUUAAGAUGCAAUUGCACAGUAAAUGUGGAACAUCUGCCUGAUGAAGUGUUCCAGAAACACUAUGAACAGUACUACAGUGAUGGAGAUGAAGAAUCUGAGAAGAAUAUCGGAGGAGAUAAUGAAAUAGACAGUUUGAUCAACUUGAGGUCACUGAAGAAGGCUAGAGCAAAUAAGUAUGACACGGGAGACAGUGAUGCAGAAGAUUCAAGUGAUGUAGGCACGACAGAGGCAAGGAGAAGGCCCAAGAAGAAUAAGAAGAAGGAAGAGGAGCAGAGGUUGAUCGAUUUCUUCAACCAAAUGGAGGAUGCUGAUGAUGACAGUAUGAGUUCAGGUGCGUCUGAUUCUGAACAAGAGGCCAUAAAAGCCUUGAAAAUAAAGAAGAGCCUCCUUGAAAAGGAAAAUGAAAUGGCAAUGAAGUUGUUGCUUGGAAGUUCCACUGACGAUGACAAUGGUUCUUGUGAAAAACAAGAUGAACUUGAGCAAGAGAAAGAGAAAGAUAAAAAAGCUAAAGUAAAAACUGAAGAUGUUUCAAAAGAGGAGGAGGAGGAGAAAAAUAAAACAACAGAGGCAGACGCUGAUCCCUUAGAUGAUGAUAUUUCAUCAAGUGAUUCUCAGAAAGCCUUAAAACAGAAGAAGGAGGACUGGCGUAAAAAUAAACUGCUGACAGAGAGGCUUUCAGACCUGGAUACAAGUGAUGAGGAGCGACGAUGGAAAACAAAGAAGGAGAAGGAGCAAAAGGAAACUGAUAAUGAUUCUGAAGAGAAGAGCAGGUGUGAAGAGAAGCCCAGGAAGAAGAGAGUCAGGCGAAGAAUCUUGGGCUCUGACGACGAUUCUGAUGUUAUCGUCUCCAGCAGUGACCAUAGCAGCAGUGGUGAAAUUUUUGUAAAGAAACGGAAGAAGCCAUUGAAGAAAUCAAAUUCUGACAAAAACAGCACCUCUGAUAGUGAUGCACCAAGAGAAGUCAAACGGAAGAGAAUUAGGGCUCCAGCCCGUGACUCCAGCAGCAGUGUUGAUGACCAGGUUGAGUCUAGUCAAAAGUCAGAUGCUACUGGCAAGGGACGUAAGAAAAUUCAUCGCAUAAUGAAGGAUGAGAAUGUUGGUGAGGCAACACGAAGAGCUGCACGAGAGGAAGAGGAGAGGAAGAAAAGGAUUUUAGAGAAACAAAAAUUGUAUAAUGAGAUUUACAGAGAAGUGGAAGGAAUAGAGAAAUUUGACAAACUUGUUUUAGAUUUUGAUCCUGAGACAAAAGAAGAGCUGAUUUCUGUGGAUCCAUAUUUAGUUUCAAAGCUGAAACCUCAUCAGGUGAAAGGUGUAAAAUUUAUGUGGGAUGCUUGCUUUGAGUCACUGAAACAAAUUGAGAAGACAAAGGGUUCUGGCUGCAUUCUUGCUCAUUGCAUGGGACUUGGAAAAACAUUCCAGAUAGUGACCCUUGUCCAUACAUUGUUGAAGCACAAGGACACCAAAAUGCAUACAGUUCUCGUUGUCUGUCCACUUAGCACAGUCCUCAACUGGGUCAGUGAGUUCAAUAUGUGGCUGAAAGACAUUGGCGAUGGAGAGGAUGUUAAUGUCUUCGAGCUGUCCAAAUAUAAGCAGAACUAUGAGCGUAUGUACCAGCUGAAGGAGUGGCAUAGUUGUGGAGGUGUCAUGGUUUUGGGUUAUGACAUGUUCCGAAACUUAACAAACACACAGGCCAAGCGGAUACGGAAGAAUGCUCUUGAAACAUUCCAGUCAACAUUAGUUGAUCCAGGCCCUGACCUUGUUGUGUGUGAUGAAGGUCAUAUGUUGAAAAAUGAAGAUACAGCAUUAGCCAAAGCCAUGAGAAGGAUAAGGACAUUGCGCCGAAUUGUGUUGACUGGUACACCACUGCAAAACAACCUGAAAGAAUAUCAUUGCAUGGUUCAAUUUGUGAAGCCAAACUUGCUUGGUACUCGGAAGGAAUUUCUGAAUCGAUUUGUGAACCCAAUUUCAAAUGGGCAGUUUGAAGAUUCAACAGCUCAUGAUGUGAAGAUAAUGAAACGUAGGGCUCAUGUUCUGCACAAGAUGUUGGAAGGAUCAGUUCAGAGGUUUGACUAUUCUGUGUUGACUCCAUUUCUCCCACCAAAACAUGAGUAUGUAAUCUCAAUCCGCUUGUCUGAAGUUCAAAUUAAGGCAUAUCGAUAUUACUUGGAACACUAUGCUGUGGGUAUAAGUGGGGAGAAGACCAAGGGAGCACAACUUUUUAAUGACUUCCAAAACCUUUCAAGGAUAUGGACACAUCCUAGGGUAUUGCAGAUGAAUGCUGACAAGGCUGAAAAGACUGCUGAGAGAAAGCAUAUGGAGUCAGAUUCAGAGGGUUCCCUACGAGAUUUUAUUGAUGAUGACGAUGACGACAAUGAUGAAACAACUAAAUCAUCAGGCAGUUCAUCCUCAGAUGAAUCAGAUGUACAAGGAAUGACAAGAGGAGCAGGAAGCAAAAGUAAACCCACCAAUAGAAUUACCCGAAGGACUCGUAGCCAAGCUAACAUUGAAGAACCAGAAGCUUCAGAGGCUGAUAAAGAUGAUGAUGAUGGUGAUGAGAAAACAAACCCUUUGUCUUGGUGGAAGCAGUUCACUGAAGGGGAUGAACUUGAAAAUAUGAAAUACAGUGGAAAAUUAGUUCUUUUGUUUUCCAUACUUCGGGAAUGUGAGAAAAUUGGAGAUAAAGCGCUGGUAUUUAGCCAGUCCCUCUCCUCGCUGAACCUCAUUGAAUAUUUUUUGCAAUGCCCUGAUACUGCUACACAAGAGAAAGAAACUGAAGAGUCACUAGGAAAUAAUGCCAGUUCAUGGACUAUGGGAUUAGAUUAUUUUCGCCUUGAUGGUUCAACAUCAGUUGAGAAUCGUAAUAUAUGGUGCAAGGCCUUCAAUCGUGAAGAUAACCACAGGGCUCGCCUCUUCAUCAUUUCAACUCGUGCUGGAGGUCUGGGCAUAAAUUUGUAUGCUGCAAACCGUGUUAUAAUUUUUGAUGCAUCAUGGAACCCUUCGCAUGAUGUUCAGAGCAUCUUCCGGGUGUACAGAUUUGGCCAGAAGAAGCCAUGCUACAUAUAUCGAUUCCUAGCACAGGGCACAAUGGAAGAAAAAAUCUAUGAUCGGCAAGUAACAAAGUUGUCCCUAUCAUGCCGAGUUGUGGAUGAGCAACAGAUUGAGAGGCAUUACAACAUGGCUGACCUUCAGGAGCUGUACCGGUUUAAUCCCGAACAGAAGACAAAACGGCCAACUCCAAUUCUACCUAAGGAUCGACUGCUGGCAGAACUGUUAAAGGAACAUGAGGAGUGGAUUGUUACGUACCAUGAACAUGAAUCUUUGCUUGAAAACAAAGAGGAGGAAGAGCUCAAUGAAGAGGAACGUAAAGCCGCAUGGGAAGAAUAUGAGAGUGAGAAGAAAGGAAAGAUCAUUCCACCAGUAACUGGGCCACCCACUCUGAACAUGGCAGCUCUUCGUGAAAUCAUAAGGAAAGAGAAUCCUCAAGCAACAGAAGAACAACUUGAACUACAAUUGAAGAUGGUUGCGAACCAGCUAUAUGAGUAUCUGAACUCACCGAAUGGAAUGCAAGCACCAAACUUCCAGCUCCAAGCAUUGCAGCAAUACCGAAUACAUCAGGAGCAGCUGAUACGAGCACAGCAGCAGGAGCAAUGGAGGUUACAGCAAGAGAAUGCUUUGCGAAAUGCAGCUAACUUCAAUAAUUCUGUUGUCACAUUCAAGCAGUACAUACAGGACCAAACGCAAACCAACCAGAAUACAGCAGUAUAUCCUACUAACUUGUAUCGAAAUAUUGCUAAGGACAAGUCUGGUGUAUUGAGACUGCAACCUAAACGUGUUCCUUUUAAUCCGCCAAGCACAUCAUACAGAACUAUGUUACAGAGCUUUGAUGGCAGUGAUGCAGGAGGCAAUCAAGUGGUAAGUCGACAGCCAGUGAUCUUGCCAAUGUCGAGACCAUCCACUAGUAUGAUGCCACCUCCAAUUGUAUAUUCCGGCAACAGAGGAAAUCAGUUACAAGAAAUGACAAAGCAUUACAAGAGGCACCAACCAAUGGGUGGUAACACAGCUGUACCUGAAGAUGUGAUUGAGACAAUUGAUUGAUUCAGCUGGAUUUAAUUCAUCUGCCAGCAGCUAUUUUUAAACUUGGCAGCAGUGAGAUUCAUAUUGUAAAAAGUGACACCAUAUCUGCUUGUGCCUGUGUAACCAGCAACAUGGACACAGUUAUGCAAGCACGGACCCUAAUGGUGAAAUGAUUAUUUUGUGUCUGGUUAUUUCAGUUUAUCUUGCUGUGUGUAUGUGUUAAUGAGUGGUGGGAGUUCUGGUAUUGUUUCCUACUGUGUACAGGUUAUCAUAUUGGAUUAUUUAAGAAUGUGUUUGUGAAUUUUGUACCGUGUAUUUUUCAUUAUAGUUUCAGUCUUAAAAUAGAGAUUUGCAGUAGUGGAUAGAAAUUUUUUUAAAAUUAGCAAACUGUCAGGCUAGUUAUAAUGAUAAAUCUGUUUCAUAAAAACUACUAUUUUAUGUCAUGUAACACUGUAAUGUUCCUCUGCAAAGUUGAUGGACUGAUACCAGAUUACAUGGUGUCAUAUCACAGAAGAUGGUACUGUGUAGAGAACCCCAAAUCCAGACUACUUCUUAAACACUGUACAAAGAGAAAAUCAUAUGUAGCCAAUAGUUCUGUUGGUUACGCUGCUAAUAGUACAUUUAUUUCUCAUGAGAAUGCAGAUUCCAAGUACAUCAGUUGGAAUGUUAUGUAUGUUCGUACUGUAUUUGAAAUAAAGGUCUGUUCAUUUGG